UGGAAAGUGCAAGUUACCGUCCACGCCCCCUAGCACCGGCUUAAGCAGAAUUAAACAUUUAAACAUGAAAUGGUAAAAUUUUGUAUAUAGAAACAGCCGCAGAUGUGUUCAUACGGCGGUUAUCAAGGAACCUUCAACGUGACACUUUUGUGCCAUUCCAUGAAAAGCGGCGUAUGGUCCUUAACGAGUGUUUAUUGGCAGUUUAACACCGGUUUUUUCCCUUCUUUGUCUAUAGUGGCGAAAUCACGUGGAGUGAUAGAAUAUCUAAUAAUGAGUCGGGCAGCUCUUCCGGGAUGUCGAGGCAAGAAAAAAGACACAUGGUCUAAUGGACAUGACCGAAGUUCAGAAUGUUCGAGGGAACCGAAAGUUAAUCAGGUAUUUGAAAGCGCAGACGGACCGACAAUUCAAGGUGGAGGGUUUAGCGCUGAUGGGAAAAAUCCAGAGUUGCAACUUUGGAUAUUUACUGUGGUGGCAGUUUUGUCUCUUUUGGCUCAUUAUUUUUUAUUUUCACAUAUGUAUCACAAUAUUCAUGGUAAAAUAGACGAUGCUGCAAAACACGCUUCAAAUAUUAAGAAAUUAGUUCCUAACGCACAGGAAAUGAAUGGACUUCGGGAAAAAAUUAAUGAGAUGUCUAGAAAAUAUUCUGAAUUUAUAAUGACUAAAGAAACAGAUGAUUCAAAGAUUGAAGAAUUACAUGUGUCUGUAGAAGAGGGAGAAAAAAAGCUAGCAAUAAUAAGAGAAGAGCUCGGAAAACUUAAAAAAAAUACAUCAAAAGCUCUGGCAGAAUAUGCUGAACAUAAAGACAAAAUUAAGGAAAUUAAAGAACAGCUUGAUGUCAUACAACCAAAUACGUUUAAUAAAGGAAGUUGUGUGAUGGCAUUUAUGAUUUUAACUGUUAUGGUGUGUGUGCUAGCUGUCGCCGUAUUUAAUAUAUACCAACGUGGGAGCAGUACGGAACCUGUACACACUAACGGACGGACACAAGCUAAACGAAACACGAAGGAUAUGGGCAGCAAUGAUGUACUACGACGGAUACCACAAAGUCCAAACCUUCAGUCGGGUGUAUGUAUCAUUAGCUAUGACGAAGCACGUGCAGGAUUUCACAGGGAAUUACUCGAUUCCGCGAAUAUCCCAAAAUGUGAUGUAAAAUCUCAUGUGAUAAGAAGACAUGAUCAGAUUCUUGAACUACCGAGGUGUAAGGUCUAUCUCAUGUGUACAGAAUUUUCUGAAAGACAUGUGAUAAUUGAAGAGCCUGGUUUAGGUUUGGGAGAUCUACAUAGAACUACGUAUUAUGCUGUUAAGAAACUGGGAGGCUGUCUCAUUAUAUUGUACACGAAAGAUCCGGGAUCAAGAAAAUUGAGAAAUCAAGCAAAACAGGCACUUUACAACACAGAUAUUUACUGUGUGAAAAAACAACAGGAACUUUCUGAUCUUGAACAAAACAAUGGAUUCUAUAGUACUUAUGAUAAACUGAGUGAGCACCAAAAAACUGUACUGAGACAGAAAAUAGUUGACAAUAUGACCUAGAUAAUACAACGAGCACAAGUUUGUAACAAUAUGACAUCUUUAUACAUCUGAUAAAAAUCAUUAAUAGGAACAAUGUUAAAUGUUAACUUAAAGGGACUCCACUGAGUCUUUUGAUAUGACCGGACUUGAAAUAUUUUUUUAGAUUAGUAAAUCUAGACGUUCAAAAUUUCAGCUAAUCUGCUCACUACUUUCUUCCAGAAUGGUUAUCAUAAUGUGAAAAUGACCUAAAAAUGAAAAGCAUUGAAACGGUUUUCACUCAAAUCGGGUUGUAUAUAUCACAAACAAUUAUAUUAAGAGAUUAGUAAAUCUAGACGUAAAACCUUUGUUCAAAAUUUUAGAUCAUUCGCUCACUACGUUCUUCUAGAAUAGUUAUUAUUACUGUGAAAAUGACCUGAAAUUGAAAAGCGUUAUAACGGUUUUUACUGAAAUCGUACGAAGAAUAUUUCUUAAUCAUCUUUUGCAUAUCUUACUGUUUCAAGUGCCCCAUUAAAUCGAAGUAAGAAAUUCAAAUUCUAUAUUUUUAGGCUUUUAUACCUCAGUUGGGUUCCUUUAAUGCUUCCGUAUUACUAUUAGAAUAGAUUACGGUAUACGGAAAACUAACCCUUAAUAUGAAACGCUGGUAAAGGGAUUUACUAACUUUAAAGUGAUUAAUCGUUUUAAAUAACAUAAAAUAUCAUACAAACUUAUGUGUCAUAUAUUCUUCCACAGGAUCAAUACUGUUGUGUGUGUUUGAUUUAUAAUUUCUUUUGAUUUGUUUUGAUGUCAUAUUAUUAUUGUUUAUAUUGUGAUUGUACAUAAACAUUUAUUCAAAAUUCUGAAAUGAAUGUGAAAAUCUACAGAGGUAUGUAAUGGAAAUAUUUGAUAAGAGUUGUACAGUGAACUAUCACUAAUAUAUGGUAUGGUAGAUUCAUGGGUAUAAGUUGAAUCAAUAUAUUUAAAUAUAUAAAGGUGAUUCAGGGGAUGGUGUCAGAGUACGAAGUAAAUAUGUGUUUUAUAUAAACAUAUCUUAUUGUGGUGUAAAUAUUUAAUUACCAGGAUGUUUUUAUAUUGAAGUGUUGAAGAGUGUUUGGAAAGUUUGAGGAUACUUUGUAUAUAUUUUAAGACGAUCACCAACAUUAAAUCACUGGUUCACUGAACAUCAGCUGACAACCAUGAACAUUCAGGUUCCCUAAUUCAGAAAUAAGCUAAUUAUGUCAUUUUUAUGUAUCAUUUAUAUGCGUUUGCUGUAUUAAAAAUAAAUUUCUAGCGUUUA